AUUUGGUUCCUCCAUCUUCGUCUUCAGCUGAAUCAGCUGCUGAAUCCCUUCUUUUUUAUCAUCAUGUCAAAUUUCUCGUCGUGGUUUUCUCGCUUGCGUUCUUCGUCCAAGUACUUGUACCGAACUCUCCACUCACCUCACAAAAACGCACUUGCUACCAAUGUAUUCAGCUCCCACAGAACAAGGAAGCCAUGGAUGACAUGGUCAAGCUCUGUGCUUCCUCUGGCUCUCGCUGUUUCUGCUGGAUCACUUUCUCUUCAACCCCAUUUCAACCCUUCCUUGUGUGACGCUUCUGAUAUUGACAACAGAGGUGUGAGCUUUGGGGGCAAAGGUAGCACCCAGUAUGUUGUUAAGGGUUCACAGAAAGAUUUUCCACAGGAGCUUCUCAAGGAGUUGGAAAUCAUCUGUCAGGAUAACAUAUCACUUGAUUAUGAUGAGAGAUAUAUCCAUGGAAAACCACAGAACAGCUUUCACAAGGCUGUCAAUAUCCCAGAUGUUAUUGUUUAUCCAAGAUCUGAGGAAGAGGUCUCCAAGAUUGUCAAAUUAUGCAACGAUCAUAAGGUUCCUAUUGUACCGUAUGGUGGAGCUACAUCAAUUGAGGGUCACACCUUAUCCCCUAAUGGAGGGCUUUGCAUUGACAUGUCAUUAAUGAAAAAAGUGAAAGCAUUGCAUGUUCAUGACAUGGAUGUGGUUGUUGAGCCUGGAAUUGGAUGGAUGGAGCUUAAUGAGUAUUUGGAACCUUAUGGCCUAUUUUUUCCACUUGAUCCAGGUCCUGGUGCAAGCAUCGGAGGCAUGUGUGCUACACGCUGCUCUGGUUCAUUAGCUGUGAGGUAUGGAACUAUGCGUGAUAAUGUCAUCAGUCUCAAGGUUUUUCUUGCCAAUGGAGAUAUUGUGAAGACUGCCUCUCGUGCUAGGAAGAGUGCUGCAGGGUAUGAUCUGACCCGCUUGAUGAUUGGAAGUGAAGGAACACUUGGUGUUAUAACAGAAGUGACACUGCGGCUUCAGAAAAUUCCCCAGUAUUCAGUGGUUGCAAUGUGCAAUUUCCCUUCUGUGAAGGAUGCAGCAGAUGUUGCUAUUGCCACUAUGAUGUCUGGUAUACAGGUAUCCAGGGUAGAGCUAUUGGAUGAAGUUCAAGUGAAAGCUAUCAAUAUUGCUAAUGGGAAGAAUUUGCCUGAAUGUCCAACUUUAAUGUUUGAAUUUAUAGGAACAGAGGCAUAUGCACGUGAACAAACACAAAUUGUUCGGAGACUUGUUUCUGAGCACAAUGGCUCGGAUUUUGUAUUUGCUGAAGAACCUGAAGCAAAAGAAGAACUUUGGAAGGUAAGGAAGGAGGCACUCUGGGCUUGCUUUGCAAUGGAGCCUGAUUUGGAGGCAAUGAUUUCAGAUGUAUGUGUUCCUUUAUCUCAUCUUGCCAAUAUAAUUUCAAGGUCUAAAAAGGAGCUGGAUGCAUCACCACUUGUUUGCACAGUACUUGCCCAUGCUGGUGAUGGUAAUUUCCACACGGUAAUUCUAUUUGAUCCUACCCAAGAAGAACAGCGGCAGGAGGCAGAGAGACUCAACCAAUUUAUGGUUCAUGCCGCCUUGUCAUUGGAAGGUACUUGUACUGGUGAACAUGGUGUUGGUACUGGAAAAAUGAAGUAUCUUGAAGAAGAACUCGGAGAGGAAGCAUUGAGGACAAUGAAAAAAAUAAAAGUAGCCUUAGAUCCCAACAAUAUCAUGAAUCCAGGAAAGCUCAUCCCUCCCCAUGUUUGUUUGUAGUAGUACCCUCACUCCUAGAGGCAACUGUGCAAUACAACAGUCAUGAAUAACCAUGGUCUCCUCAAAUUUAGAAUCAACAGGUUGCAUUUUCUAAUAUCAGGCCAUGUCUGUAGAAUCCGUUUUUUACUAUACAAGGACAUAAGCACCCUGUGAUUUGUUCAUUGAUAUAUGCUUCAGGCCAUUUCAGGGUUUCUGGCCUCUCCUAUGUCUCACAAAAUCUAUGAGAAGCUAAAUAAUUCCCUCUUCUCAAUUUCAGAUCAUAUUAAGAUAUAACGCAUGCUCAUA